AUGGCCUCAUCCCUGGACUGGCGCAAUAAGCUGCUGGGGAGACUAUGUUUUAACUGGAACUUCGAGGAGGAGGGCGACCACUGCGGCCUCUGCCAGGACGCAGAUCAUUCCGAGGCCCCGGGGCUGCAGGCUGGGACCGGCCGGGUUCGGGAGCCCAGAGCCCUAACUCGGGGUGGGGCUCGGGGAACUUUUCCUCCGCCUCCACAGUCUCCCCAGGGCCGCUUCGAGAACUGCCGGAUACCCCGUAGAAUCCAAGCUUCCUGUGAGCCCGCUGUCCUGGGAGACUGGCAGGCUGCGAGCCGGACAGUGGGAAAGGAAGAGGAAGGAAGGGGAUGUCAUUCGACCCACACUGACGAGUUUACGGAGCCCGAGAUGGCAGGCGACCUCAGGAAGAUGGCAGACGGCCUCCAGGAGUGGAGUGGCGGUGCCUACCUGUUUGUGGAAUCCACGAUGGAGAAAGUCAGUCUGUCUGACCUAUACCAGGAUCCUCAGAAGAAGCUGGCAGUAUUUCGGGCCCUUAAAAUGGCCCUAGCAGAAUGUGCCGGGAGCCAGGAAGGGGCGCAGAUUCUGAAGAUUCACUGCAGCGGUCUCCAGCUCAUCGUGCAGCUGAAGUUCUGCGGGCAGGAGCCGUGCAGCCGCUUCCUCCGGAGCUACCGCGAGGGGGCUCUGCGGGAUGCCCUCCGGAACAGCCUGGUGGCCCUGCUCGGCCAAGUUCAGCACCUCGGACAGCUGCACCUGGAGCUGCGCGUGGGCUCCGAGCGCCUGGACUUGAUGCUGCAGGAGGAGGACCGCUGCUUGCGCUGCAUCCAUCAGGCCAAGCCGGACCGGCUCCGAGAUGAGGAGAUAAGUGAUCUGGAGGAUGCUUUCCGGAGCCUGACCUGUGAUCCGGGAGGCGGGGUGGCCCUGGCUUCUGGCCCGGAGGCUCCCGCCCUCAAGGCUCCAGCCCCCAAGGCCCCCGCCCCCAGAGUCCCCGUCCAUUCGCCCCCUCCGUCCGUGCCUGCGCAGACCUUUGUGUUCCAGGGUCAGGAGUUUGCUAACCGUCCGCUGAACUCGGAGGACCAACUGAAAUUUGCCCGCUUGGUGGGCCGCAAGUGGCGGACAGUAGGAAGGGCACUGCAGUGCCCGGCCCUUCGGGAACAAGACCUGGAAAACCUGGCCUACGACUACGACCGCGACGGGCUUUUCGAGCAGGCCUUCCAGCUGCUGCACCGCUUCGUGCAGGCCGAGGGCCGCCGGGCCACCCUCCGGCGACUCAUCGAGGCUCUGGACAGAAGCAGCCUCACCAGUGUGGCCGAGGACCUGCUGGGGCUGCCGGGGGUCCAGGAGGACAGGGACCAUGAGGAGGAGCAGGGGUAGGCGGCCCAUUUAGCCCAAGAGGCCGCCGAAGCCAGCGUGAUCCAGACCUGUUGGGCCAAGUGUGGGACUCCUGAUUUGUCUGGGCCCUGGGGCCGGGGACUGACCUAUCCAGGCACUCUGUCAGAGAGGGCUGCAGGACAGAAGGAGGGCUGCUCUCCUGCCCGGCUCCCACCAACCCUUGGAUGUUUCUCUCACACACAUAAGGGGCCUUUAGCCUCUCCCUGUUCCCACCCACCGACAGCCAUUCCCCCGUCUUCCUCGAAAGGCUCAAGCACUUUGGAGAUCUCCCACGAGGCUCUUCAGCAGAACAGAUCCAAAGUAAUGCAGAAUUGAAAGGCCUCUCAAAUCCGGCCUCAGACACUUUCCAGCUGUGUGACCCUGGGCAAGUCACUUGACCCCCACUGCCCACUCUUACCACUCUUCCACCAAGGAGCCAAUACACAGAAGUUAAGGGUUAAAAAACAAAAAGAAUUGAAAGGCCCCGAGGUUUGGAUGCCGAGGCUAGGUUGGUGGGGGAGGGCCACUGGGGAAGAGAAAGAGCCGCAAGGGAGGGUUUGGUAAUAUUUAUACAGGGUGUCCCAAAAGUCUUAGGGCAGUUGUAAGCUUUAAAAGCUCCAAGCCUUUAACUGCUCUAAGACUUUUGGGUCACCCUGCUUCAUGCCUUAUGGUCUACAAAGCAUUUUUACAUGUUAUCUCGUUGGAGCCUCAUAACACAACCCCGGAAGGUUGGUGCUAUUAGUAUUUCUAGUUUGCAAACAAGGGAACCAAGGCUGAGUGAAAUUAAAUGACUUGCCCAGGGGA